AUGAAUGAUGAAUGUCCAUCUCAGCCUUGUCGCAGUCUUGCGCCCUCUCCCGAGCGCGCAUCUGGGCGCGGCUUUUCGUUGAACGCGCUGAGCGAGGCCGCAUCCUGUGUCUUCUCGCAUCCGUGUGUGCGACUGUCCCGUGAAGAUAGCCAAUACCCGUCCAUCUUUUCCCUGCAUGGAUGGACGUCUCGGGGCGUCUACAGUAUCGAUAUGAAAUUCGCCAAAGAACUAGAACGCGAUCUCGUGCCCGAGUGGCGGCUCAAGUAUCUAGACUACAAGGUGCGCCGGUUGCUCUCUAGCCCUUCAGUAACGGGCAAGAAGAAAGUCAAAGCGAUCGGCCGGGCGCUGCGCAAUGUAGACUCGACACCGCGCCUUCGCCGCCGCGGCACCAACAUCCUGCCUUCCCCCUUCGACAUCGCUCCCAAAUACUCCUAUCUGAACCGCGACCACGCUAGACAGGGAGAGACGGGCAGCACGAGGAACCCCGAGGAUCUGAGGACGCUCGCCAUCACCAACAGUCGCAACAGUCAACAAGAACAACAACAACAGCAGCAGCAGCAGCCCAGUGACAGCCAACCCGGGCGCUCACCCGAAGAGCAGCCGCUGGCGCAUAGACAGGCCACCAGCUAUGGCAGUUUCUUUGCGAGCCCGCGCAACCGUGAUCGGGCGGCUUCGGAUGGAAAUAGCAAAGCACCACCAUCGUUGAAGCUCCCUGGUGCAGCCCUUGAUCCCGAGAAUGUCUCUCCACGCGUCGGACCAGCUCCCGCCUCUCCAACCAAGCAUACAACAGUUGCAUUGCCCCCCGCAGACACAGAGACGGAUAAUGCCUUUGAGGUGGGCAGGACAAAGUCUCCUAAUAAGAAGAAGCAUAUCUCUCUGCCUGACAGAUACAAGACUGUGUUCUCUCCGAAGCGCGUCAAUUCGUUGCCAGGACCCAUUACUCAGACCAGGUCACGACCUGCACGCCGACGCUUGUUCUCCAUGAGUAACAAAUCACCUCCUCGGAGCCCGGGCGAUGUUCCUCUGGAAGCGUAUCGCGAUCUCGAUUUUCGACAGGCCGAGUUCUUCAAUUUUCUCGACGCCGAGUUGGACAAGAUAGAAACUUUUUACAAGCAAAAGGAAGAUGAAGCUACACAACGUCUCUUCAUACUGAGAGACCAGCUUCACAUUAUGCGAGAUCGGCGUAUCGACGAGGUCAUCCAACGUCAGACUGCCAAGAUCAAACAGAAGAGCGGCAAGAAACAGGAGGGCCAUCAAUUGCUGAAGGAUGGACAAGCCAGCUCGGCCGACGAAACAGCUCAGAACCCCAAAGCAGACAAUGGUACAAUGAAAGAAUCGUGGUUAAACCCGAUUGAUGCUGCACUGGAUGCCAUCAACGCCGGCAAGUAUGGUAAAAGCACAAAGAACAUCACACAGCUUGCAACACCUGCCGCAUUGCAACCCAAAGAUCAUCUCGAUGAUCGACGUGAUUUUUCUCGUCGCCCAGAACUACCUGAUGUGCCUUACCGAACCGCAAAACGAAAGCUCAAAGUCGCUCUCCAAGAGUAUUAUCGUGGGCUGGAGCUACUCAAAUCGUACGCCUUGUUAAACCGGACGGCUUUUCGCAAGAUUAACAAAAAGUACGACAAGACUGUCAACGCCCGUCCUUCGUCGCGUUACAUGAAUGAGAAGGUCAAUAAGGCGUGGUUCGUCAACAGCGAGAUCAUAGAAGGGCAUAUUCGAGUGGCCGAGGACCUCUAUGCGAGGUACUUCGAGCGUGGAAACCACAAAGUCGCCAUUGGAAAGCUGCGCAUCAAGGUCGCGCGUGCAGGAGACUAUACAGACAAUACGUUUCAUAACGGCAUCUUGCUGACUGCCGGUCUUAUCCUUGGAGUUCAGGGCCUCAUUCAAGCGACCAGUAUUACAGAUCUGGACCAUCCAGAGAGCAGCACAUUGGCAAUGAAUACUAGCUAUCUAUUGCAGAUCUAUGCCGGAUACUUUCUCAUCAACUUCCUUCUCCUUCUCUUCUGCUUGGCGUGCCGCAUUUGGCACGAUAACAAGAUCAAUUACGUCUUUAUCUUCGAAUACGAUACUCGUCAUUAUCUUGACUGGAGACAGCUUGCUGAGUUACCUUGCUGGUGCUUCUUCUUGUUGGGCCUUUUCAUGCAAAUUAACUUUAAUCGGGUCGGAGGAGAGCGGAUGUACCUGUACUAUCCCGUGAUUUUGAUUGGAAUUGCUGUCUCCAUUUUGUGUAAUCCGAUGAAGAUCUAUUACUUUCGAACACGCAUGUGGCUUCUGUAUUCUCUGUGGCGAUUAGUACUCGCUGGUAUUUAUCCGGUUGAAUGGCGAGAUUUUUACCUUGGCGACAUGUUUUGUUCCUUGACAUACAGCAUGGGCAACAUUGCGCUAUUCUUCUGCCUCUACGCCCAGGGAUGGACUGAUCCGCCUCAGUGCAACUCCUCGCACCUACGGGUCUUGGGCUUUUUGACCACACUGCCAGGUAUAUGGCGUGCACUACAGUGUAUGCGCCGUUACUGGGACACUGGCAACAAAUUCCCGCAUCUGCUCAAUUGCGGGAAGUAUAUGGCCACCAUAAUGUUUUAUGUAAGCUUGAGCAUCUAUCGUCAGGAUCAGAAACCAGCAACAAAGGCCGCUUUCAUCACCUUUGCAACGAUCAAUGGCAUUUAUACUUCCAUUUGGGACAUCAUGUUUGACUGGUCACUGGGCGAUCCACACGCAAAACACCGCUUUCUGCGGAAAGAGUUGGCCUAUAAGAAGGUUUGGUGGUACUAUGGAGCCAUGAUUAUGGAUCCCAUCCUUCGCUUCAACUGGGUACUCUACACGAUUAUACCGCUCCAGCUCCAGCAUUCGGCCGUGACAUCAUUCUGUGUCUCUCUACUUGAAAUCUUUAGGCGAGGAGUGUGGUCCCUAUUUCGCGUCGAGAACGAACACUGCACAAAUGUCGGUCGGUUCCGCGCAAGCAGAGAUGCUCCCUUACCAUACUACAUGUCUACCACUCCCGAACAAACGGGCUACAGUGGCGGAAGCCUCCGAGGCCAGAGAAUCAACGGGGAGCAGCCUGACGAAGAUCGUCCACGUACACCGGACGUACCGUCUGGCCUCCCUCCUGGCCUACCCCAUCCCGCCACAAGUACCGGUGCAGAUCUCGAACGCCAAACCUCGUCCACACGCCAACGUUUCGCCCUUCAAGAGGACUUCAAACCGUCUCCAUUACAGCGCGCUUUCACCCAUGUCGGCGAUAUUUUCCGCGAUGCACAUGCCCAGGACUUUGAACGAAAGGUGAAGCCAGAGCUUGGGCACGACCCGCGGGACGACAAAGAGGACGAUGACGAUUCGGACGAUUCGGAGGGUGAGGAGGAGCGAGAUGAAGAUGAGACGGAGCAUCUAGGUGGUACUGCUAUUAGUGACAAUAGUGAGGAGGAAUUUGGCGAUGAUGAGGAGCAGAGUGCAUUGUCUAGAAUUAGAGAGGAUUUUGAGAUUGGGAUGAGUGGUCCGAGAGGGGAUCGGGCGCAUGCUGAGUAG